UGGCCGUUGGUUUUUUCCGCGUAGGCACUUAGUUUUUUUUACUCGCCACCAUAUGGCAUUAGGUCGAUCAUGUUUGGUGAUUGUGUUGGGACCUCAUUACCCCGUCUUUUUGUGCCUUAGUUUCAGCUGCUUGUAAUUUGAUCGGGCUUCCGCCUCCUUUUAUUACCGGGGGGUGGAAUCAUGGAUUUGUAUUGGUCUCCAGCUACCAAUAUAUUGGCUCCACUAAACUUCAGCUGCAUAAAUCGCAUCGCAUCAGCAUGACCAUUCUUCUCUCUUCUUCUCCUUCCUCCUCCUCCACAUCAUCUAUGCAAAUUGAUCUGAUGUGUGUAUAUAAAUCAUUCCCCGAAACCUUGGUUUAACAGACGAGGUUUAAUUCGAACUGUUCGGACACCGUACCAUUGUUCAUGGAGAUAUCAAAGACCUCUAUUCUAAACCUCACAUUCCUCACUCUCCUCUUCACCGGGCUUCUCUAUAUCUUCCUCAUUUCUCCAUCUUCAACCUCAUUCCCCCCCCUGAAGGCUGCAUCCCCAGCCUGUCCCGGACAGCGGAAAUCGGCAGGGUCUGCCACCGAUGAAGCCGUACUCGCAGAUGACCUCGAUAUUGCAUUGAGGAGGGCCUCCAUGGCAAACCGGACCGUCAUCAUAGCCAUAGUGAACCAGGCUUAUGCGGACCCUGCAAACUCGGAGGACUCGGACAGGACCAUGCUGGACCUGUUCCUGGAGAGCUUUUGGCUCGGGGAGGGCACGAGGAAGCUCCUCGACCAUGUCCUGGUCGUGGCGAUGGAUCGGACGGCCUACAUGAUGUGCAAGUUCCGUAGGCUCAACUGCUAUAGGUUGGUGACGGAGGGGGUCAAUUUCGCAGGGGAGAAGCUCUACAUGUCAGAGGAUUUCAUCAAAAUGAUGUGGAGCCGUACCAUCUUCUUGGCCGACGUUCUGAGACGAGGUUACAGCUUCAUUUUCACGGACACAGAUGUUAUGUGGUUGAGGAAUCCUUUGGCCCGAUUAAGCAGCAACGAAACCGAAGAUCUCCAGAUCAGCACCGACGUGUUCAACGGCGAUCCUUGGUCCGAGAAAAACCUCAUCAACACGGGCUUCUACUUUGUCCGUUCGAACAACCGAACCAUCUCAUUGUUCGAAACAUGGUACUCUACGAAGGACAAUGCCACUGGAAAAAAGGAACAGGAUGUCCUGCUCGACCUGAUGCGACUAGGCAUGUUCAGAGUAUUGGGACUCAAGGUUAGAUUCUUAGACACCCAAUACUUCAGCGGGUUUUGUACUGACAGUAAAGACUUCGGGGCAGUCACCACUGUGCAUGCCAACUGCUGCCGAAGCAUAGUUGCCAAGGUAUUCGACCUCACAGCGGUUCUGAGGGACUGGAAGCGGUACAAGUUUUCGAACCGGAGGCCUGGAUAUGCUCGGAAUCGGACCGUUCGACACAUGUGGACGAAGCAUGUUGGUUGCUGGAAAUCUUGGAGGGUAACAAUGAAUAAUACUGUUCAUUAGGGGAUAAUAUUUUUUUAAAAAAAAUUCUUGUAUAUAAUUUGUCAUGAAAAUAAUCUCAUGAGAUCAGUUACAUAUA